CAAGCGUCUUAUACAUGCAUCUCGGCUGAUAGCAGCAGGGUAUAUACAGCGUCCUUCGCCUUCUUUGAGGCUAUAUAUGAGGUAACGUCUAUCAAUUCAUGCAAACAUCUGCUCAAUACUGAUCAAAUGAACUUANNGGCCGGCAUCACGCAUUGCUUCGUCAAUCUUGGCUCAGACCAUCCCAGCAUCAUCGAAGCAAUCGUCAAGGGACAGAACGAGAAGAAUGGAAACUUUCCACGAAUUAUCACUUGUCCUAAUGAGCCUCAAUGUGUCAUCGUCCAUGUCGAUGUAGGAACUCAGGGCCUUGGUGCUGCAGUCCACAAUGCUUCUUGCGGAAGAGCACCUGUUCUCAUCUUCGCUGGACUUUCGCCAUACACGAUCGAAGGCGAGUAUCGUGGCUCAAGAACCGAGUACAUCCAUUGGAUCCAAGAUGUUCCGGAUCAGAAGCAAAUCGUUGCACAGUACUGUCGCUACACUGGAGAGAUAAAGCGUGGUGCCAAUGUCAAGCAACUAGUCAACAGAGCCUUGGCAUUUGCUACAAGCGAGCCAAGAGGUCCGGUAUAUCUGGUUGGUGCUCGAGAGGCCAUGGAAGAAGACAUCGAACCGUACAAGCUCGACCAACGCUACUGGACUGCAGUGGAGCCUAGCGCCUUGACGCCGAAGCAGACAGAGAAUGUGGCCCGACUCUUGGUGGAAGCCGAAUCACCCCUGGUCAUCACUGGCUACAGCGGACGCAACCAUAAUGCUGUGGGGGCACUUGUCGAGCUCGCUAAUACCGUCAAAGGACUCAAGGUCUUGGAUACUGGCGGUAGCGAUAUGUGCUUCCCUGCCGACCACCCAGCAUGGCUAGGUCUAAGAUACGGCAUCGAAGACAACAUCAAAACUGCAGAUGUGAUCAUAGUACUGGAUUGCGAUGUCCCUUGGAUUCCGACACAGUGCAAACCCAAAGACGACGCCAGAAUCAUCCACAUCGACGUCGAUCCUCUCAAACAGCAGAUGCCAGUGUUCUACAUCAAUGCCUUGGCCAGAUAUCGUGCACACUCAGAGACUGCUGUGACACAGAUCACCGAGUAUCUGAAGACCAAGUUCGAAAGCGAGAUCACAAGCAGCAAGUUCGAAGAGAGAUGGAUCAAACUCCAGGACUCCCACAGGCAACGUUUGCAGACGAUCUCAGACCAAGCAAAGCCUGGUGAAGAUGGUACAUAUGGAUGUUCGUACUUGGUUCACCAAUUGCGCAAGGCGUGUCCCGCAGACACCAUUUGGGCCAUCGAGGCGGUAACGAACACAGCAUUUGUUGCGGACCAGAUUCAAGCCACUUUUCCAGGUUCGUGGAUCAAUUGUGGCGGCGGUGGACUUGGAUGGUCAGGUGGCGGUGCUCUGGGAAUCAAGCUCGCAACCGACUUUGAGAAUGAUGGCAAAGGAAAGUUCGUGGUCCAGAUUGUGGGCGAUGGCACAUACCUCUUCAGUGUGCCAGGAUCGGUGUACUGGAUCGCUCAACGCUACAACAUCCCCAUUCUCACAGUCGUGCUCAACAACNNAAAGCAAACAGGUUGGAAUGCACCACGCAAGUCGCUCCUUCUGGUCCAUCCAGACGGCGAGGGCAGCAAGGUUUCGAAUGAAGAGCUCAACAUCUCAUUCGCACCCACGCCUGACUACUCAGGCAUUGCAAAGGCAUCCUCGGGCGGUAGNUGCUGGGCCGGCCAUGCCGGUACUGUCGAAGAAUUGGCGAAGAUGCUUCCUGAAGCUAUCGAAGCAGUCAAGGGCGGUGUCUGCGCAGUCUUGGAUGCGCAUCUUGACGGACCGCAAGGAAAGUAUGGAGGCGGAAAGGCUGCCUUGGUGGGA